GAUGUCCCAUUGGUGUGUCAGAAGAAUUUAAGGUGGAGGUUGGAGUGCAUCAGGGUUCUGCGCUGAGCCCCUUCCUGUUUGAGGUAGGAAUGGAAAGGCUGACAGACGAGGUUUGGCUGGAUUCCCCUCGGACCAUGUACGCAGAUGAUAUUGGGAUCUGCAGUGAAAGCAGGGAACAGGCGAAGGAACAGUUAGAAAGAUGGAGGUACGCACCGGAAGGGAAAGGAAUGAAGAUUAGCCGAAGUAAAACAGAAUAUAUGUGCGUGAAUGAGAGGGGCGGAGGAGGAAGAGUGAAGCUCCAGGGAGAAGAGAUAACGAAGGUGGACGACUUCAAAUACUUGGAGUCAACAAUACAGAGCAAUGGUGAGUGUGGUAAGGAAGUGAAGAAACGGGCCAAGCGGGGUGGAACAGUUGGCGGAAGGUGUCUGGUGUUCUAUGUGACGGAAGAGUAUCCGCCAGGAUGAAGGGCAAAGUUUAUAUAACAGUAGUCAUUAUGUACGUAUUAGAGAUUGUGGCUCUGAAGAAACAACAGGAAGCAGAACUUGAGGUAACAGAAAUGAAGAUGCUGAGGUUGUCGGUUGGCGUGAACAGGUUGGAUAGGACGAGAAAUGAGCUCAUUAGAGGGACACCAAAGUUGGAUGUUUUGGAGACAAGGUUAGAGAGAGCAGACUUCGAUGGUUUGGACAUGUUCAUAGGCAAGAGAGUUAGUAUGUUGGUAGAAUGCGCUGAGGAUGGAGCUGCCAGGCAAAAGAGUGAGAGGAAGACCAAAGAAAAGGUUGAUGGAUGUUGUGAGGGAGGACAUGAGGACAGUGGGUGUUAGAGAGGAGGAUGCAGGAGAUAGGCUUCGAUGGAAAAAGAUGACACGCUGUGGCGACCCCUCACGGGACAAGCUGAAAAAAAAGAAGAAAGAAGAAGCCUCUGAGUGAUAUUAAAAUUGAUUUGAUGAUUUAAAACCUUUGUAUAUGAUAGGUAUGAAAACAAAAUGUUCAGUUAUACUACUUUUUCAACGGCACUGUAACAGGAGGGGUCCACGAACUCACCCUUGAGGGACCCCAUAGAUCAUUGUCAUUCGUUAAGAUUGAGCACUUCCAUUAGUUAUAAAGUACCUCCUUUCCUCCAGGUAGGAUCUCAACGAUUUCAGGACCGUUCAAUUUACUCCUACCCAUGUUUCCAACCUGUUGAGCAGAACAUUAGGAGCUACUGUAUCAGAAGCCGCACUGAGAUCCAAAAAGACCAAAAUUUACACUUUUCCUGGGUCAGUAUUCAACCUUAUACCCUUAGCACUUUGACAAGAGCCGAUUUUGUACUGUGAUGAGUUCGGAAACCUCAUUAAAAUUUGUCAAAAAGUUCAUUUAAAUUCAAGAAAUUGCUGAGUUGAUUAAUACAACUUUCUCAACAAUCUUGACGAUCAAUGGAAGAUUUGAGAGGAGUCUAUAGCUUAUUAACAUGGAAUCAUCCAGUGUUCUGUUUUUUAGAAAAAGCUUAACAGCAGCUACUUGGAGAGGUUUGGCAAAGUCGCCAGACUGAAGUGAGCCAUUUAUUAUUUGCUGCAAAUCAGCUAGUACUGAUUUCACAAUAGUUUUGCAAAAGUCAGACGGUAAUGAGUCAAGACACCUCGUUCAUGGUUUCAGCUGCUGAACAAUUUUCUCGAAAGUUUUUUUCAUCAAAUUCUGACAUGCGAGAAUGUUUUUUCCCUGGGUGACUUCAGAUGUAGUAUAAUUUUAUCAUUUUUCUGAUUUGUGCUGAUAUUUAACAUGAAGCAUUGUGUUUUUCAUAAAAAUAACAGCCAAAGUCAUUGCAUUUAUCAGUUGUUAUGAGUGUGUGUGUGGGGGGGGGCAGCAAACAGGGUGCAAGUAUUGUUGAAGUUCUUAUGAUUUCAGAAAAGUGUUGCUGUAUCGCCCCAACUAAGUCUUUGUUAAAAUGAAAAGACACCGUCUGUAGAGGUUAUAGUAGUACAGCAUGUCCCCAAAAAAUGUAUACAUACAGUGAAGAAAAUUAGUAUUUGAACACUCUGCUAUAAUGCAAGUUCUCCCACUCAGAAAUCAUGGAGGGGUCUGGAAUUUUCACCGUAGUUGCAUGUCCAUUGUGAGGGAGACAAUCGAAAAAUAAUCCAGAUAUCACAAUGUAUGAUUUUUUAACCAUUUAUUUGUGUGAUACAGCUGCAAAUGAGUUUUUGAACAUCUGUCUAUCAGCUAGAAUUCUGACCCACAGAGACCUCUUAGUCCGCCUUUAAAAGUCCACCUCCACUUCAUGUAUUAUCCUGAAUCAGAUGCACCUGUGUGAGGUCGUUGGCUGCAGAAAGAAACAUGUCCACCCCAUACAAUCAGUAAGACCCAAACUUGUAACAUGGCCAAGACUACAGAGCUCUCCAAAGACACCAAAGACAAAAUUUUACAACUCCACACGGCUGGAAAGGGCUACGGAGAAAUUGCUAUUCAGAUUGGUUAAAAAGGAUCCACUGUUGGAGCAAUCAUUACAAAAUGGAAGAAGCUAAACAUGACGGUCAAUCUCAAUCAGAGUGGAGCCCCAUGCAAGAUAUCACCUCGUGUGGUCUCAAUGAUCCUUACAAAGGUGAGGAAUCAGCCCAGGACUACAAGACAGGACUUGGUCAAUGACCUGAAAAGAGCUGGGACCACCAUUUCCAAGGUAACUGUUGGUAAUACACUAAGACGUCAUGGUUUGAAAUCAUGCGUGGCACUGAAGGUCCCCCUGCUUAAACCAGCACAUGUCAAGGCCCCUCUCAAGUUUUCCAAUGACCAUUUGGAUAAUACAGAGGAGUCAUGGAAGAAAGCCUUGUGGUAAGGUGAGACGAAAAUUUAACUUUUUGGUCAUAAUUUCACUAACCGUCUUUGGAGGAAGACAAAUGAUGAGUUCCAUCCCAAGAACACCAUCCCGACUGUGAAGCAUGGGGCUGUUAGAAUCAUGCUUUGGGGGUAUUUUUCUGCACAUGGGACACGACGACUGCACUAUAUUAAGGAAGGAUGACUGCGGCCAUGUAUUGUGAGAUUUUGGGGAACAACCUCUUUCCCUCAGUCAGAGCAUAGAAGAUGGGUCGUGGCUGGGUCUUUCAACAUGACAAUGACCCGAAGCACACAGCCAGGAAAACCAAGGGGUGGCUCCGUAAGAAGCAUAUCAAGGUUCUGGCAUGGCCUAGCCAGUCUCCAGACCUAAACCCAAAAGAAAAUCUUUGGAGGAAGCUGAAACUCCAUGUUUCUCAGCGACAGCCCACAAAAUUGUCUGAUCUCGAGAAGAUCUGUUUGGAGCUGUGGGCCAAAAUCCCCCCUGCAGUGUGUGCAAACCUGGUGAGCAAAUGAAGGAAACGUUUCUUCUUUUUGUUCUUUUUCUUUUAGCUUGUCCCGUUAGGGGUCGCCACAGCGUGUCAUCUUUUUCCGUCUAAGCCUUUCUCGUGCAUCCUCCUCUCUAACACCCACUGUCCUCAUGACCUCCCUCAAAAUAUCCAUCAACCUUUUCUUUGGUCUUCCUCUCGCUCUUUUGCCUGGCAGUUUCAUCCUCACCCCCCUCCUACCAACAUUCUCACUCUCUCACCUCUGAACAUGUCCAAACCAUCGAAAUCUACUCUCUCUUGUCUUGUCUCUAAAACAUCCAACUUUGGCUGUCCCUCUAAUGAGCUAAUUUCUAAUCCUAUCCAACCUGUUUACACCAAGUGAGAACCUCAGCAUCUUCAUUUCUGCUACCUUAAACUCUGCUUCCUGUUGUUUCUUCAGGGCCACCCUCUCCAAUCCGUACAUCAUGGCCGCCCUCACCACUGUUUUAUAAACUUUGCCCUUCAUCCUGGCGGAUACUCUUCUGUCACAUAGAACACCAGACACCUUCCGCCAACUGCAAAACGUUUGACCUCUGUAAUAGCAAACAAAGGCUACUGUACCAAAUAUUAACAUUUGGUUUUCUCAGGUGUUCAAAUACUUAUUUGCAGCUGUAUCACACAAAUAAAUUGUUAAAAAAAAAUCAUACAUUGUGAUUUCUGCAUUUUUCUUUUUAGACUCUCUCUCUCACAGUGGACACGCACCUAGAAUGAAAAUUUCAGACCCCUCCAUUAUUUUUAAAUGGGAGAAUAUAGCAGGGUGUUCAAAUAUUUAUUUUCUUCACUGCACUUGAUAAAAUAUUUGUAAAUUCUUUUACAUGUUAAAAAUUAUUCAAAUUAUAAUAAGCAUCAGGUUUGAAAUUAUUUAAAGUGUGUAUACAUUUUUUGAGACACUGUACAUCCAUCCAUCCAUCCAUUUUUUUAUUGCUUAUGCUCACGAGGAAUGCGGGAGUGCUGGAGCCUAUCCCAUCUGUCAAAGCGUAGGAGGCGGGGUACACCCUGAACUGGUUACCAGCCAAUCACAGGGCACAUUGAGACAUACAGCUGCACUGUGAGCACCUCAGAACUGUGAGGCUUACUCAGAGUCCUCAACUUCGACUCGGCCAUGGGUACAGUUCAUCACUCCCUCUUAUUUGGUUUUCAUUUGUCAUUAAACAAUACCAACUAAAUAACUAGAUUCAGUUCAUAAAGAGCAAUGUGGGAUGUUGACACACUCUUUCCUCCUACCUAAUCUAAAUGAAGAAGACUUUACAUCUUGCACAUCUCUGACUCUUAUCAGGAAUAGUUCCUAUAAACAGAAAUGUAUCUUGUUCUUUGAUCUUUUUUCUUUGUUGGGAAUGUCGUACCAGGGCAGCACCGAUUGCCGGUACAGUCUUGGCUACUCCUUACACUGCUUUAUUCUAAGUCAAAUGUAUCUUGGUUUUGCUGCUGUUUUAUCUUGCAUCAAAUAUUGUCACGAAUAUGGAACGAAGGGGUUGGACCCAAAUGCAGAACUCUAUGUCGAAGGUGGUUUUAUUCCAGGCUGAGGUGAUACACAGGUAAACAGCUGCCCCCCCCCCCCCAAAAAAAAAAAAGACAAAGGCACAAAAACACGUGUCAAAUUACACUGGAGGGGAGGUUUUAGUGAAAAAUCCAAGGUGUUGUUGAAAGAUUGAAUAGUUUCUUCAACUGUGGAUCAGUCGAAUGCAACAAGUGAGCACUUUUGAUAAAAGUAGCGGCAGUCAUUGUAAUCCCAAAUCAAUGCGCGCAUGUCCAAAGUGGCCACAUGCAGUCAUUCAGGGUUGGCAGCUGCACAGCUGUCACAUGUCCGGGUGGCGCCCCAAGACACGCAACGCGUGGCGGAUCGAGGGGAAAGUCGACUUUUUGGUCACACGACUUUGCAGCAGGAUGGACAGCGAAGAGGAAACCGUGAAAAGGUCCUGGAAGGUCCACUGGAUGAAGAUGAACAACCUCAUGGACAGUGCACACUGACCUACUCAUCCAGCGAUCGUUUUGAAGGACACUUCACUCACGGAGAGAAAAAUGGAAAGGGAACAUUUUUUUUCUUCGAUAGAAGCACCUUGGAUGGCUUCUACGUGGAUGAUGUUCUUCAGGGUCAUGGGGUGUAUUCGUACGAAGACGGAGGGGUCAUGCGUGGCACAUACGUGGAUGGUGAACUCAACGGGCCAGCUCAGGAGUGGGAUAGAGAGGGUCGCCUGGUGUUCAAGGGCCAGUACAAAGACAACACCCGUUUCGGCAAAUGCUGGGCAUACUACCUUGAUGGAGGCUGCGUGUUUGGUGAGGUGAAUGAAGAGGGAGAGAUGACUGGUGAUUCGAUAGCGUACGUCUACCCUGAUGGACGCACAGCUCUUCAUGGGAGUUUUGUGGAGGGAGAACUAAUCCAAGCUCGUCUCACCACCCUGAUGGUUACUGAGAAUGGAAGACCGUAUUUUGAGUUCACGCCUAGUGGCCCUAUUUAUACAUAUGACAAGUCCACAUCCACUUCUAUUGCUACUCAUGCUCUGCUGCCAGACCCUUAUGAGAGCCAGAGGGUGUUUGUAGCCGACUCCUUAAUUCAAGGCGCUGGACAAGGUCUGUUUGCCAAGAUAGAUGCUGAAAGCGACACUGUGGUGGCCUUUUACAAUGGAAUACGAGUCACACACACUGAGGUGGAUAACAGGGACUGGGCCUUGAACGGAAAUAUACUCUCACUGGACGAAGACACUGUGAUCGACGUACCUCAGCCAUUUGACUUGACAGAGCAAUACUGUGCUUCUCUCGGUCACAAGGCAAACCACUCCUUUACCCCAAACUGCAAAUACGAUGUGUUCGUUCACCCCCGUUUUGGGUCGAUAAAAUGCAUCCGAACCAUAAGGGCCAUGCAGAAGGAUGACGAGCUGACUGUUGCCUACGGCUACAAUGACGAGGCAAAUGGGAAGAAUGGCCCCGAGGCCCCUGACUGGUACAAGCGGGAGUUAGACGUGUUCCGACAUAGACAGGCGCUUCCCAAAGCCAAUUAAGGCUACAGAUCUUGGUUUUGGACAAUACAAACACACUGCUGCUUGGGAUUCACUUUGUACAAUAUUCACUGCAGGUGUAAAUUGUACCACAAAUACAGUAUAAAAGGUUACUUUGCUGAACAUGCUAGGCUAACUAAUGUUUGGAGUCAGCAGCCUUUUGAGAUUGUGGCAAGAACUAUGCAAGAUUAAAAACAAACAAACUGUGAAAUCACAACUAUUUCAAUCUUCUCUGAUGUUUGUUGAAUUUAAUUUCAGGAUAGGGUAUGAAACAUUCCACCAUUUAAUUUUAAGUAGAAUGUUUGUGGAAUAUAGAUAAAGUGUCAAUUUAUUCCCUUAUAUUGCAAUAGACAAAAUAAAAUACCUGUAAUAUAUUUAUUUUUCAAAACAUUGUUUUGUAGAGACAAAUUCUUACAGUUACAGUAUUGUUCAAAAUAAUAGCAGUCCAUUGUAACGACUCAGAUUAAUCCACGUUUUCAUAUUUUUUAUUGCUACAUUUCAAACAAGUUACCAGUAGGUACAGUAGAUUCUCAGACAACCAACAAGACCCAGCAUUCAUGAUAAUGGCACUUUUAAGGCUGUGCAGUUGGGCAAUUUGUUGAAAGGGGUGUGUUUUAAAAAUAAA